UCCGUGUUUCGUAUGUUGCCAUAGGCCACGCGGCAAAAAGAACAGAAGUAAAAAAUUGUAAUAUCAUGUAGAGUUUGCUUAGACCGAGAGUUCGUUUGGUUGAAACAUGGCCACAGCUGUCGGGCAUGAUUUUAGGGCUUCGAGAUCAAGUAAAAAUGACUUUUCGGAUGAAGAAAGAAGAUGGCUAGUUAUUGGGAUAUGUCUUAACAAGGUCCUGUCACCUGAACUAAGAAAAGUCAUUAGUAAUGAAAUGCCGAAAUGGUACCAGACUUUAAUUAAGAAGCCAACAGAAAUCAAUAAACAGACUGCAGGGAAGUUCCUUAAAAGCCUGCCACCAUCCGCCAUAAAAUUGAACUAUGACAGUAUUAACAACAAUACUCUCCGUAAGUCUUCAAAAUCGGGAUCCUAUGAUUACGCUGUGAAAGACCCCCUUUCCCUGGCAAAAUUGUUUGUAAAACCUUUCAUGGCAAAUUUCACUGGUUUUGACCACUCUAUGGAUAUUUCUGCUGCGCUGUCAGUGAUCUGUGAAACACAGGCAUUCAUUAACUCCGGCACUGCAGUUUUUGCAAAGAAGGUCAGAUCGGAUGUCAGGAAUGAAUGGGCACAUUGUGAUUUCACCCAUUGGACCGAACCAAUAUUCCAAGCUGCAUUAAAAGAUAUCGAAUCCUUGGUAAAGAAAUUAGGAUUGACAACAGCGGAUGAGAAAACCGUUCUUGAUAAUUUCGAGUACUGGAAAAACAAUGGAGAAAAGCUAUGCAUUGCCAAAUUUGUCGACUCUGAACUUCUUGAUCUCAUCCUAACUGAGGUUGGAGAUAUUCAGAAAUCUGUCACACUGAUCAAUGAUGAUUCAGAGGAAAAGGAAAGGCUGUUGCGUUGUCUCCAGAAUUUGCAAACAUCGUUGAGUAAGGAGAUACAUGACUUAAGAGAGAAGGUUUGUCGUCUUGAGUUGGAGCAGUUGAAAUUACAUAAUCAAUACGUUAGCACCGUCGAAGAUGUUGAGAUCAUCAAAAAUGAGGUUGCUAGGAUGACCACAAUCGAUAAUGAAAUCCCGUAUGUAUUCAACGCUCCCAAGCAGAAUCCUUGGUUCGUUGGUCGUUUAGCUGAAAUAGAAGCCUUGGCAAAUCUGUUAAAAUUAAACGAAGAAACUGGUCGUAAACCUGGAGUAAGCACUGCAGCUGUAUGUGGUUUGGGUGGAGUCGGCAAAACAAGUUUGGCCACAGAGUAUGCACAACAUAAAAAGGAUUUCUACGCAGGUGGUGUUUAUUGGUUUUCUGCUGAAAACGACACUGCAUUUGAAGACAGUGUCUCCGAUAUUGCUACGCUUUUGGGGACACAUAGAGGUACUUUCAAACAAACACUUUCGGCUACAUUGGCAGUCAUAUCUCGAAAUAGAAAGCCGUGGUUAAUUGUUAUUGAUAACAUGGACGAGUUAAAUCUUUCGGCUAAUAUCGUGAAACUAGUAUCUGGGCGUUGGCAACAAAGUGCGUCCGGUCAUACUUUAAUGACCACGAGGAGAGAGCCCGCAAAUUUAGCAAAUAUUCGAAAUUUUGACGAACGAUGUUGCCUGAGUCUUAAAUGUUUUGAUAUUGAAAAAGGAAAGGAGUUCAUUUUUCGCAGAAUUGGGAUCGUCCAGAAAGAUGAAGUGGUUGUUAUUGCUGAGAAAUUAGUCCAGGAGCUUGGUGGUUUACCCUUAGCUCUCGAACAAGCUGGAGCUUACAUCAAAUCGCUACCUUGUACAUUAUCUCAAUACCUAGAACAAUAUAAUUCUCAGCGCCUCCGUCUUCUCAACCGAAAAGAGGCAGCGCCUAUCUCAGAGUACGAUAACCCUGAGAGACUGGCUGUUCGUACGACCUGGCAUCUCAAUUUUCAGCACAUAGAAAAAGAUGUUGAUGUUGGAAAGCCUGCAAUUCGAUUUCUCCAUGCGUCUGCAUUUUUGAAUCCUAAUGAGAUUGAAAGAGAUAUUAUAAACGUUGGGGAUCCACCAGUAGAUGACGAAGAGUUUAAGGAGUUCGUAAAAACUACCUUGGGACGUCAGGAAAUCUUGAAACUCUUGACUGAUUUUUCACUUUUCAAGGAAACUCCAUCCGCCAACCUUACUGUCCACCACCUAGUGCAGGAAGUCAUACAGGAUAAUCUUAAUCGUGAUCCAAAAGAGAAAACUCAAAGCCUGAUUGAUGCCACACGUAUGUUGCAUUAUGCUAUACAGAAUUGUUCUUCUCCUAACGAGCUUCUUUUAAGUCCAAAGGAUGAGCGACCGUCCAUUGUCUCCAGGGAUCAGUCGCGGUUCUAUAAAUGGAAUAAACUGUGUUUACACAGUUACGAAAUUGUCAAACACCUAAAGAGAAUCGUCAAGCAGACCGAUUACGAUGUCACGAAAAUAUUUCAACCCGAAACCGCUAAAAUCGUGUAUGAAUGUGCUAUUCAUUUGAGUUCUAACUUAAAACACGAUGAAGCAAGAAAAGUGGCCAAUUUUGCAAAUGAUAUAUUCAAUUCAAGCAGCCAAAGUAUGUCUGCAAGUUCUUUUUUCCCCCAUGUUAUCCCUUUACCAGAAUUAGUUCGUAGGCACAUACAAUACUCAUGCAACAAGCCAGCGACCAACAGAGACGAGGAAUCUAGGGAUGAUGUGGAGAUGCCAAUUAAUUCGGUCACCACUGAAGAGUUGGAAGAAAUGCGAAUGAAAGGAAAUGAUAUGUAUCGAAGGGGCAGUUACGACGAUGCAUUGAAAAUGUACUCACACGCCAUUGACAAAUCAAAGAAUACAACUUUCUUUGAUCCUAGGCUGUUAAGUAACCGAGCCUCGGUAUACCUUAAGCUUGGACAUUACGAAAAAGCCCUGGAAGAUGCAGAAGAGUACAUAAUACAACGCCCAAAAUGUUGGAAAGGUUAUGCGAGAAAAGCGUUGGCCCUUGCCGAGCUUAAUGAUACGCAGGCUGCUCAAAUCGCAGCUUCAUUGGCAUAUUUUUACGAGAGGAAUAUUUUCCGUGAUUACGAACCUUUCAAAAUGAAAUUUGGUGAUUCCCUUGAAAAGCUUCUGUUUGUGUGUGGUGAUAUAUCAGAAUUGUUGCAAGCCUUGUGUUUGGGGGUACCGAUUUUGAAGCGCAUGCGAGAUAUGUCGGCAAACAAUUUACAAGUUUUCCCAGUUAUCAUUCUAGAGAGCAGAGAUUACAUUGUUUCCUUAGAAACGAUUGGUAAUUUUAACCCACACCUCUCGCUAACGUGCAUUCUUGUAGGUAGUGGUGAAAGUUCGAUAACGUUUGGUGAUAACGUCGAGGUAGAAUUCGUCGAGUUUUUUAUAGCUUACCGGGUUGACUUUCAUUCUGGUUUAACGGAUUGUCAUUUUAUGCCUGACUCAGUCGUAAAACUCAUUCAUUGUUCCUUCGAAAGUUCCAACCAUGUUUCCACUUCUGUUUGCUGCAAAGGUAAAUUGAAGGUCGAACAUUGUAAGUUUUAUAAUUGCACCCAGGGUGGAUUGCUGGUUUUUGGUGACGCGGAAGUAGAGAAUUCUGAGUUUUUUGGUAAUGGAGUGGCGUUGGAAGUACGGGAAGGUGGUCGUUUGCUUGUAGGAAAAAGUAAAAUGUACGGUAAUAGAAGACAAGGGUUGGUCAUUGGUCCAUGGGCAAAGAGAUGUGUUGUGGAAGACUGUGAUCUUUAUGACAACGUUUUAGGAGGUAUUCUCGCUGUUGACUGCGAAUCUGAUAUUAUAAUGUCAAGAAAUCGUAUUUAUGAUAACGGCGAGCCGGGAGUAUCUGUGAUUGGGAAGUCAAACGUGUCUAUAUUGGAAAACGAGAUUUUUAAGAACAGUGACUGGGGAAUACAUAUUAAUACAUUCAGCCGGGCUGUCGUGAAGAAUAAUAAAAUCUAUAAUAAUCAGGACGGUGGUAUUGGUGUGGAUGUCGUCGAAUCAACCGAGGUAUCUGUCAUUGAAUACAAUGACAUUUUCUGUAAUUCCGGACCUGGAAUUCACGAGCAAAGAUCAUCGACGAAAUGCAGGGGGAAUAAGCUACACGACAACAAAAAAGAGAGAAAUCAAUCAACAGCACAAAGUGAAGCCAAGCUAUGCUACUAUUGCAGAAAGUCGGGAGAAGAUUUGAAGAAAUGCACCAAAUGUUUUACCGCUCAAUACUGUGGAAAACAGUGCCAGAAAAGUGACUGGAACAAACACAAGCAUGUAUGCCACCGUCUCUUGUCUGAAGGAAGUAUCGUCUUAAACUAUGUUGAAGAACCAAUAAUGACAUACUAUAAUCCUAAUAAACAGAACACUAUACAUCAACGAGCACCAGGCCUUCUACCCGUUGGCCCACAAUUCUGUUCACCGCCAAAUGAAGCAAAAAGAUUCAUUGCUAAAGUAUCUGCCGGCCUGAACGACACAGAUGGAACUAAAUUAGUUAGAUUAUACGAUCGUAGUCUUACGAUAGAUGGGAUUUUGGCUGAUGCUGAUCAAAUUUACACCCUAGUGAAGCAAUCUGGCUCCGUGGGUCAACUGUACAACACGUGGAAAAAACUGUUUAUGUGGGUUAAAGGCCCCGAAAAUGGUAAACUUCGAAUUUUUAUUAAUGAAUUUCCUUCUUAUCAAGAAUGGUAAUCAUUGUGCAAUUCUUUAGACCUAAUUAGUCAUCAUUCUAAGACUACGUUCACACGGUACCAGAUUCGCUCGUCACGACAUCUUCGUUUGCCAAUAUAAAGCAACGAUUAUUAGCAAAUACUUUUUAAUUUGAUAGAUUUGGUAUUUAUUCAGAUCUCUCACAUUAAAGAUCUCCACUGUCUUUUAUUAACUUCGCAAUUUAACCUGUUCCGAUGGCAAUCCGGUACCGUGUGAACGGGGCCAUAAAAUUUCUACAAAAGAAACUGAUUAUGAAUUUGUGCUAAUAAUGUUAAGCCUUAAGGGCUGUUUAAAUACUCCCUUUGCUAUAGACAUGUGUGGAUAUUAAAAACACGGCUAUAUGACAAUGCUUUACUACCAUGCAGGAUAAUUUUUUUAUAUAUCAGUACCUGUAAAAUCUCAUGUAAUUGGGGUCUUAUGACCCUCCGUAAAUAUAUAGCAUUGUGAAAAACAAGACGACGAUGGAUUGAAAGUCAUUGGCUCUAAAUUCAAAUUGUGUAAGAUUGUUUGUAGUUUAGCCGGGGAUACCGUUAGAAUUCUAUUUUCUGGUUAGUUCUAUGAAUAAGCUCAUAAUUUAAAAACGAUUAAUGAAUUGAAAAGAAUUUAAAGUCACCUUUGACAAUUACUUCAUGCAGUACAGUUUUUGAAAAGGAAAUGAGAUAAUAUAUACAUGUCAUGUUGUAGUGUUAUAGUUUUGAAUAGUAAUUCUGGAAAAAAUUGUAAUUUGUAAUAAGUUUAAUAAUUAUAAAUAUCGUAAUUCUUGUGCGAAA